AUGAUUUCAAGAUUCAAAAAAAUAUCCUCACCUUCAAAACUUAUUUCGUCUCUACUAUUUUUUACAAUACCACUAUCAUUACAUGUAUUACUACAUCCAUUAUCCGAAUCAUCAAAACUCAUACACAUAAAAAGAUCGCUCUCAUCAACCAGUCAACCACCAUUCAUCCCCGCCUCACGAUACGCGCACACCGCAACACUAGUGGGGAAAAAGUUAUAUUUUCUCGGUGGCAUAACAUCACCCGAUGGAAUCUUUACGAAUUCUUCGUUGCCGCAAGCGGAAUUCUUCUCAUUAGAUUUAUCAACAACGUUUGAUACCACACAAAAUGAACAAAUGCCCUGGGAAAAUUUAAUGAAUCCUUCUGUGCCGGCUAUUGCAUGGGGAACUGCUGCUGCUGGAGGGGCUAAUAAUGCGACAAUUUAUCUGUUUGGUGGUGUGGGCUCUGGUGAUAAUACUCAGGAUAGUCUUGUAUAUACAUUCGACACGACAAUUGUUUCCUCUAAUAUUAAUAAUACACAUAAAAAAAGAGAAUUAACAUUGAAACGGAAAGAAAGAAGAAAAAUCACACCAACACCUACAUCAGCCAAACUGCUCAAAAAGAGAGAUAAUACCAAUUCAUUAACAACAGUAAAUCAAGUAUGGCCAUUUAGCCUGACUAUGACCACAUAUGAAUGCGUAUUCCCAACUACAAGUCCACUUCCUCCUUGUGGUCCUGGCAAUGGCAAACCCAUAUUGGGGACAUCUGCUUCAGCACCAGCUUCAGCAUCUACCGCUAAUUCAGCACCUGCCACUGGUUCAGCAUCUAUCACUGAUUCAGUAUUUCUCACAAGCUAUCCAUUACCCACUUCAAAUUCCCACAAUAUAAAACGGCUUAAGCUUGCAUGUGCGGUUGAUAAUCAGCUUCGAAUUUAUUAUCUUGAUGGAAUUCUCCCAAAGAAUUCAACUACAAGCAGUGCUACUAGCGGUAUUCCUAACAAUAACAAUAAUACAGCUAGCACCAAUGACGCUAGUAAUGGAUUCAACGGCGAGAGAAUCGUCUCAGAAUUCGAUGUAUACGAUACACUAAACAAUCUCUGGAGCACGAUGACGCAGAUGAAUGGCGUCUAUGUUCCACCGAUGGCCGAUUACACGGCCACUUAUGUCGAAACAUUUAACUCGAUUAUUUAUAUUGGCGGAAUAAAUGAGACUGGUGAAUUUAAUGACAUGUCGAAGAUUCUGGUGUAUAGUAUUGAUAAAAAUCAAUUUUGGUUUGUGCCAGCCUCUAACCAAGGAGUAUCUGUACCUGUAGCGCCUCGAAUUGGACAUUCCUCUGUCUUAGCGCCAAAUAAUCAAAUAAUAGUAUACGGCGGGCAAACUGAAAAAAACCAACCCGCUACUCCCGAACUUCUAAUUCUCGAUGUCACCGCUCAAACCUCCUUCAUUUGGCUACAGCAAGCCAUCACAAAUCCGCGCCAGGCUUCACCAUUUAGACACACAGCAACGCUUGUUGACCGAUACAUGAUUGUCGCAUUUGGAAGACUAACAACAUCGCCGGAUCGAGCAAAUGACAAAAUUACACUGUUGGAUGUUGAGUCGUUCUCCUGGGUCACUAGUAACCAGCCGGAUUCGCCACAUUCUCCGGUAAAUGUGUUAACUCUUACAUUGCUGGUUGCGGGCGUGUCGCUGUUCUUUAUCGUUGUGGGAUUGUGUCUGUUUUAUAAACGACGUGGUUAUACUUUCAGCUCAGUGGAAAAUACUGAAAAUGAAGUUGUAUCUGAAAUGGUACAAGGAUCGAGUUCUCUCAACCCGGUAUCUGAAAUUGAACAGGAAUCGAGUUCACUCAACCCGGCAUCUGAAAUUGAAAUUGUACAAGAAUCGAAGUUUAUCAACCCGGUAUCUGAAAUUGAAAUUAUACAAGAAUCAAAUUUUAUCAACUCGGUACCUGAAAUUGAAAUUAUACAAGAAUCGAAUUCUAUCAACUCGGUACCUGAAAUUGAAAUUGUACAAGAACAGAAUUAUAUCAACCCAGAAAUGAUUCAGCAUCCUGAGAUCACAAGCAAAUCAAAUACAAGAAGGAACUUCUUUCACUUACCAAUAAAAUUUUCUAAAAAAAAAUAA